UCCCGCCCGGCUCCAGCACCGACCAUGGGCCACCUGCAGCUCUGGCUGCUCGUCCUGGCCGGGCUCGCGGGGAUCGUGGCCCAGGAAGACCUUUACCGAAAGGUGUUCGUGUUCCGGAAGGAUCCCAGCGACGCCUACGUGGUGCUGCGAGCUCGGCUGGAGCAGCCCCUGCACAACUUCACCGUGUGCCUGCGCUCCUACACCGACCUCAGCCGGCCCCACAGCCUCUUCUCCUACGCCACCAAAGCCCAGGACAACGAGAUCCUGCUCUUCAAGCCCAAACCCGAGGAGUACCGCUUCUACGUGGGGGGAAAAUUCGUCACCUUCCGCGUCCCCGAGGGUGGCAGGGACUGGGAGCACGUCUGUGCCAGCUGGGAAUCCUCCACCGGCAUCGCCGAGUUCUGGCUCAACGGGAAGCCCUGGCCGAGGAAGGGGCUGCAGAGGGGCUACACCGUGGGGGCCACGGCCGCAAUCCUGCUGGGGCAGGAGCAGGACAGCUUCGGGGGCGGCUUCGACCUCUACAACUCCUUCUCGGGGGAGCUGACCGAUGUCUACCUGUGGGACACGGCGCUGUCCCCGGACAAGAUGCGCGCAGCUUUCCUGUCCCUGCGCCUGCCGCCCGCCCUGCUGGCCUGGAAGAGCCUCAGCUACGAGGUGAAGGGAGAUGUGGUGGUGAAACCCCGGCUCCGGGAGGCGCUGGGGGCCUGAGGGCUGCGGGGUCUGGGGCGGGGGUGGCCUCGGUGCCCCCCUGUUCCAUCCUCACUCCCAUCACUCGCACCCAUCUCCCAUCACCCAGCACCCCUUCACCUCUACAGCCCCCCACUGCUGGGGACAGGGUCCCCCUGAGUGCCACCAUCCCCCCUCCCACGCCCCCCGAGCUGCCCCACGGCCGCCCCUGCCCGGGCAGGACACGGAUCCAGCGCUGCCCAGCCCCACAUGGAGGCAGGAAUGGGAAAAGCCCCUCCCUUGGCGACAGGGGAACUGUCCCCAAAGCCUGUCCCCGCGGUCACGCACCAUCCCCGCGGUCACGCACCAUCCCCGGGCUCAUUGCCCAACAGCCCUGCGGCUUGGGGACGAAGGUCACUGUCACCACGAGAGUCACCGUCACCCUUGGGGGUCCUCUGAGCAGCCUCUGAGCAGCUCCGGGUGGCUCCGAGGUCCCCCCUUCCCACGGUGGUGACAGUGGCCGGGUUCAGCGGUGCCAUGGGGCGGUUCUGGCUCUGCCUCCUCAUCCUCGCUGCGCUCUUGGGCACCGCAG